AUGUCGGGUUUCGGCAAGUGGAUGCUUAAGCUCGUGAAAGGAUACUUUGAUGCUGAGGCUGCAAAUUCUGAGCAAGAAGAUUCGCCAAAUCCUGCUGGGAAAGCGGAUAAGGGAGUAAAACGAGGGGCUCCGAACAAGAAAGAUUUCAUGCGUAAACAAGAACUUAUUGAUGCUACUGACGCAAGUGGGCUCUCACACGUUCCUAUUGCGCCAGAGAAAGGAAAAGGGAAAGCAGGACUUGGAAACUCUAAGAGGGAGUGGUAUAGCGGAUGGAGCUCCAUGACAACACUUAUACAGAAGGGACUAGUGGCUUCCAUGAGCAACCCAGCAAAGUACAUGGUGACAGUCGAAGGUCGGGAAGUAGCAGAAGAAUGCAUUAUGCGAUCUGGAUUAUCGAGUUCACCUCCUGACACCUUAUCCGAUGAUGAAAUGGAUCUUGCACAGCCAUAUGCCGAUCCUAAGUCUAAGGCAGAUUCAUCAGGGCCUUCUAGAGCACAAACUUGUAUGACAUCUUAUCCGAUGAUGAAAUGGAUCUUGCACAACCAUAUGCCGUUCCAAAAUCCAAAGCAGAUUCAUCGGGACCUUCUUCUAGAGAACAAACUUGUCAAGUUGACAUAUCCGAUGAUGAAAUGGAUCUCGCACAGCCAUAUGCUGAUCCAAAACCUAAGGCAGAUUCAGCAGGACCUUCUUCUAGAGCACAAACUUGUCACAUUGAUCUUGAGGGACCUCAUGCUGAGAAGUUCCGCUCUUGCAAUGAUGGAUACAGCUCAAAUCCACUUAGCUUCAGAUGGAAUCAGAGGAAUUACAACUGUUCGACGCCUUCCUCCUCUUACAUCUGGAGAAACGUUUGAGGAAGCAUAUGAGGUGAUCAUGAUACUGGACGAUCGAGAACAGUUUGUCACUAAGGGAUUACCAGUAGGAGAUUGUAUCUGGAUUGCUCGGCACAAGUGCCAUGAGACUGAAUAUGUUCUGGACUUUAUUGUUGAGAGGAAGAACGUUGAUGAUUUACGCUCGUCGUUCAUAGAUAAUCGUUACAGGGACCAGAAACUUAGACUUCAGAAAUCGGGACUCAAGAAGCUGAUAUACAUUCUUGAAGGGGAUCCAAACCAGUCUGAUGCAGCUGAAAGCAUUAAAACGGCUUGUUGCACGACGGAGGUUCUGGAGGGAUUUGAUGUGCUGAGGACAAACGGGCUUGGUGAGACGCUAAGAAAGUACGGUAAUCUCACUAAAUCAAUACAGCAGUACUACAAGUCGCGUGUGAGUGAUGAUGAACAGAGCAAAGUCUCGGCCUCGUGUCCUUCUUUUGAUAGUUUUGUGAAAAGGUGUCAAGACCUCGAUAAAAUGACAAUCAGCGAUAUGUUUGCCAUUCAGCUUAUGCAGGUCCCGGAAGUAACAGAGGAAAUUGCCAUAGCGGUUCUUGAUAUGUACCCAACACUUUUGUCUCUUGCUUCUGCCUAUUCUCACCUAGAAGGGGAUGUCUCAGCGCAAGAAGAGAUGUUGAGGAACCGAAGCGACAAUGUGAUCUGUGCAACAGCUAGUAAGAAUAUAUUCAAGUUGGUUUGGGAGGAAUGACUUUUCUAAUCUUGUGUUUGUCCUUUUGACCUAAUUCUUGUCUAGAGAGAGAGAGAAAGUUUGCGAUAACCCGAGCGUAAAUAUAUUGUCCUAUCUCAAACCAAAAAAUAUUGCAAAAAAUAUUGCAUAUUCCUUUGUUGUGUGUGUGCUUAGGUUUAAACUUUAAAAACAUAUUCCUAAUAGAAAAAGGGAAAUUACAAUGUAUCUUAUUAUAUAAA